AUGGAAGAAGAGGUCAAAUUCUACUUAGCCUUAAGUGUUUCUGGCAUUGUUCAAAUAACAGGGUUGGAAAGCUCCCAGGGACUCAGGAGUCUGGCGGCAACAACGCUGGCUCUUUUCCUGGUGUUUUCUUUCCUGGGAAAUGCUAGCAGUGCUCCACAGAGACUCUUGGAGAGAAGGAACUGGACUCCUCAAGCUAUGCUUUACCUGAAGGGCGCACAGGGACGCCGCUUCAUCUCCAACCAGAGUCAGAGGAAGGACCUCUCCGACCGACCGCAGCCGGAAAAACGAAGUCCAAAUGCCCUACUACUAACUCUUCCAGAGGCAGCAGCUCUGCUGUUGACUUCCUUGCAGAAGCCACAAGAAGCUGGGGAAGAAAACUUUGAUCAAACCAGAUUCCUGGAUGACAGUCUGCUAAACUGGUGAAAAUAUACCAAAUUGCAUCCAGUUACAGUUCUAUCCUUGUUGAAGACAUGAACCAUGUGAAUAAAACUCGUGGAC